AUGCCACCAAAAGCUGCUCCACAAUCUGCAUCCACUUCUGCAUCUUCUGCAUCCUCCAGUUUGAAACAUCAAUCCGUUGGACAGCAGUUGACAAAGUUGGCAACCAGUCAACAAUUUUACUGGUACUUGGGUCAUGUGUUUGCACUUCUCUUUACCGUGUUUAGUGCUAUUACUGGUUUGAUCUACAGGAAACAAUCUUCGUUGAAAUACUAUAGGUUUGCAUUAUUAUCAAUCAUUACCACUUAUUUGAUUGUGUUGAAACAAGUUUACUUUAAGAAUACUGGGCUCAAGAAUGUUACUGUGGCGAGACUCUUGAGAGACGAAAAUGUGCAAUACAUAAUCUUGGCUGCGAUUUUCCUUGUUUCCAGUUUUAUCUCUGGUGAUCAAGUACCAGCCGGAUUGUACUCAUAUGCAAUUUUCGCCGUUUUUCAUGUGCUUACUUAUUUUCAAAACCAAUUGUUGCCUGUCUUGGUCCCUUCAUUAACAACGCAACAAAAAUUGAGUUCGAGAAUCGGUGCAAUUAUCAACAAGUUCAACCAACCAGCGUUGUAUGUAGCAGCAGCUGUGGAAAGUUCAUUAAUUGUUACUACCGGGUUAGAGCUUAUUCUCCUUCCCUUUGCUAUUUUGCUCAGAUGGAGAAGUUUUGGUUAUGCCAUUAGCAAGAUCAUUGUAUUUGUCUCUGUGGUUGUUUUCAACAAAUUGAGAUACGACAAUAGUCAAUUCACCAAGGCCAUAGUCAACGAAAUGGACAAGAACCAAGCUGGGUUUGUUACAAGAUUAAACAAUCCAAAAGUGACCCUGUUGUACAACAACUUGCGUGCUAAAGCGAUCUAUUUCUUGCAAUUGAUCCAAUUACCAAAAGAAGUGAAGAAAACACAAUAA